AUGAUCGCAGACCGUGUAAUCUCCGACAGUCAAUCUCCACAACCUUCCUUACCAAACUAUUCGUUGCAUAAUCUCGAGCAACCCUUGGCCAAUGUAACGAGUGACAAAGGAGCCAUUUACGCUGAUGUCGUCGACCGACAAACACUGGAGACGAGUGAAAGCUUGAAUUUGCAACAGAGUCCCCCACCUUCCAAAGAAUCAAGACGCCAGAAGAGAAAAAUCAAACAGGCAAACAAAUUGGCGUUCCCUGGAGCAGACGACGAUGAAACGCCGCUCAGGCAAAUUGGCCGAGGAUUGCUAACCAUCGUCGUGACACCGAUUGCUUUUGCUGGGAUGGGUAUCUACGCCAUUGGCUUGAUUAUUGAAGGUACUGGGACUACAUUGAAGGGAAUUGGCUCCAUUGGGCGACGCGCGUAUGCUUUGCCACGUCGUAAAAGACAGUCGAAAUCGGAGUCUGAUGAGAGCUCUACGCAAUAA